CACGUGCAAAGUAAAAUCUCAUUUGACUACUUGUUCUUAUGAACCUGUUUCAGGGAUGCGGCGAGCCUCCCCCAAUAGGGCAUCCAAACGCUCUCCGCUGGUUCAUGGAAUCGUUCAACUUUCGACUCAGUCCUAACUUGGUUUGCACCGGCUGCGUGGACAGUGCGGAUAUUUGCGCAGGCCCACUCAAAUAUCUGAGGGACCUUCGAAAUCAGUGGAACACUGGAAAAUUGGAACUGCCCUCCAACUGGAUGUUCUCCGAGACACAGCUCAAGGAGCCAAUAGUCUCCCUUCUUAAGGUUCAAAAACCAUUUUUGUCCCAGUUAAUGAUUGGCGCUACAUUGGCGCCCGUGCAGCACAUGAUAUCACCACUCACCACUGAAGAAGUUGAUUCUCGGUAUGACUCGCCUAUGGAUUUACGACCCGACUUUUUGCUGUCUACCGCCCGUGUAUUUCUCGAAUCUUACUGGUCCGUUGACAAGCGAGAGUUCCAAAUAGCCGGAUACUUAAAACGCGACACGAGAUAUGCUUCAAGCCAGCUUCAUUCACUCCUCAUCCACAACGGUGGCGGUGCGUCCGCCGAGGACAUGCUUAUAUAUGCACUAUCUGGUCCGCCGAGCUCUUGGGUACUGAGAAAGCCCCGAUUGUGUUUCCCAGAAGAAUUUCAGCCUUCUCAGUCGAUGGACCGUGUCCGUUUUUGCAUUGUUAGGCACCUUGUUACACCGCUCAUGGCCGAGUCCAAGCGGGUUGAUCAAUCUCUCCCCGUAUCCUUUUCCAACCCUGCAUUGAUUACCGGUGCCUUUGAUCCCAGCGACGAGUCAGUGUCGCCCGAGACUCUUGAAAAUGUCUUUCAUGUAGUUCGCGGUAGUUUGGCGAGCUUAAUGUUGGCACUGUUCUGCCGACAACGAAUGGAGCUUGGAUCCUGGCCGAAAGAAUCAGAAGAUCGUUCAUUGCCCGAGUCUCUGAUGGUAUUUGGCGUCAUCUGGCAGCCGAAUCAUCUUACACUUUUGGCAUUCAUUCCAUUCUGGGACGAAGCUUCCGGGGAGUACCUAAUAGCAGCUUCAGAAGUGGACACCUUCCUCUUUGGGGAGUAUCCACCAGAGGAGGAUCAAACCGAAGAACUCAUGACUGGCCCCAAUUCACCUUAUCUUGAACGCGUCCGAUUAUUUCUUGCGCUGAAAGUCUUAUCAAAACAUUCAUUUAGACUAUGCGAUAUCUUCGAUGCCUCGAUGUUGUGGCCACCCUUUGACGUUUGUGAAAUGGAACACACGUGGCACCUCCUUUAUCUUCCCGAGGAUGGGCGCACAGAGGCCCUGGAUGAUAUCUCGUACAUUGAUGUCGAAGAGGCGGAGGCUUACGCUGAGGAGGCUGGAGAACUCGAUGACGAUGGUAUCUAUGGACGCAGCAGCGAUUCUGAUUCCGACGAAACUUCCGUCUCUACAAUGACCAGCCCCAGCCUUACUUACCCACCUGUUGACGUUGUCCGCAUUGAAACUUGGCUAGACGUCGUGUCGACUGAAGAGAGAUAGACCUCCCGGUCCUCGGAGGGGCCUUGAGGACUUGAAGUGGUCACCUUGUUUCUUCAUCUCAGGACGCAGCAGUUACUUUCUCCAUACUUUUUAUCUUCACCACUCGGAUCCACAAAGACGUGAAGAGGCUAGACCUUAUACCUUGUUGCAAAAUUUUCCAUGCUUUCCAUUAUUACUCCAGGCCCUUACGCCUUAUCGCUGAACAAGGCGCUCUAUGAACUGGUUAUUAUUUCUUACGGCCUAGUUUAUCAAGUUGACAUCUUGGGGCUUAUUCCAUUGUGCCAGUCAAUCUAACUUGCCAUUGUGCCUGUCCUUUGACAAUGUAACUCUUCUGCACGGCGUUCUCGCAUAUUCUACCAUGAAGAGAACAAUGUCGAGUCUCAAAGAUGCCA